ACGAACGCCCUAAAAGUUCAGGAAAAAAGUAAAAAGCAAAGUACAGAAGUAACGAAAGUAGUCUCCCUGUGUGCACAACUGCGCCGAGAUUUGUCCACGUUAAAGAUAGUGACUGGAUGAACUACUGUGAAUGAAGCUUCAUCACUGAAUAAAAUCAAGACAUUACACCUCAGAGAGUGAACCCAAAACUUCAAGGAUGAACUUAGUUUUUCACUUGAGUCCAGACGAUAAAACCUCCAGAGCUUUGCUGCUGUUGUUCACACACUCAUGACGAAACACUUCCCCUUUAGUUCUCAGAAGAAAAUACAAAGCUGCAACGAGGAACCAACAAAACACUAAAAUAUCAUCAUUAGCCGCAGGUGCCACAUUCUGGUGGGUGAGGUGUUUGCUCUGCAUUUCACAUAACCAUGAACUUUUCUCUCACUUGUGUUUUCGGGCCACAUCAGUUGUGCAUUUCUCACUUGCUGAGCUGAAUCUGAAAUUUUAUUUGUGUUGAGAACUAGUUAUUAAAAUGCUCAUGUCUUCCCUGUGCACAGAGCAUGAGAAAAACAUCCAGUGUCUCUGACCUAAGGAGGAGUCUGCUCCUCAGGCAGAGCCUCAGAUUCUCUCCACAUCAUCGAUGAGGCGGAGAGAAGCAAUGAAAAGCUCAUAGAAGAAAUCUAACCACUGAAAGACAAGAAAAAAAAAUUCAAGUCACUAUGAGCAAGUAACAGUAAUAGGAAGUACAUGCUGUACGUUUCUCUGAAUCACUGGUUAGAAACUCUGACAGAUGACGGAGUGAGAACCAGAGAAAGAAAACGAGACAGAAGCACGAUGGCUGGAUUCAAGUGGACUAAAUGGAUUCAAAUGUCUGUGUUUCUGAUGCUGGUGCUUCUGUUUACAGCAGGAACUGGACAACGUCACCACUUCACUGUCAGAGAUGGAGAUAAAGUCACUUUGCCUUGUGAAAACAGGAUAAAAGAUCAGGACAAAUGUAACAGUACUACCUGGAUCUACGGUGAUACAGACAGGUCACCAGCAGUAGAGCUGAUCAUCCUUGGGAAGAUUGGUGAACAUGCCAAAGAUAAAUCAGACAGACUGAGUGUUACAGAGGACUGUUCUCUGGUUAUAGAGAAGGUCACAGUUAAAGAUGUGGGUCAGUACAUCUGUAGACAGUUUAACAAUUCAGGACGACAACAAGGUCCAGGCUCUGUGGUUGAUCUGUCUGUUAUUAACAUUCAUGAAGAUAAGGUUAACAUGAUGUUAACAUGCACUGUGUUGACAUAUGACACACAAUGCAGACACACAGUGCAGUGGCUGUAUGAGGGUAAGAAGGAUGGUUUCACCAUAACAGAGAAAACACCAGAGUCCUGCUCAGCCACUGUGACAUUUAAGGCUCCUCAUCAUAACCACAAGUCAAAGUAUGAGGAGUCAUUCAAGUGUAACGUGACAGACAGUGACAGUCAGAACCUGCUGGUGUAUAACUUCACCCUUCAGUCCUCAGGUGACAGAACAGCUGCACCAAAUGGAAACAGAACAACAUCUGGACACAAUGAUGGUGAGAAAAAUCCACAAGAUCUUCUUCAGUGGUGGUACAUCGUUGUGCCUGUGGGUUUUGCAGCGCUCCUGAUAACUGUUGGAGCGGUCAUCAGACAGAGGAGAACCAAAGGAAACAAAACACUGAGGGAUGAAAACACUGGAUUGACCUUUGGCCCUGCAGUGACUCAGUCUGCCCCAGAAACCAGUCAGGACAAAGCUGAUCCUGAAGAUGGUGUUUUCUACACCUCCAUCAGCUACGCCCGGAAGGCCGACAGUAAAGCCCGGGUUCAGGGUGAUGAUGACGAAGAUGAUGCAGUGACCUACAGCACUGUGAAAGCUCCUUCCUCCUCAGCUGGAGCCUCCACUGAUCCCAGCGACUUCUACGCCACCGUCAACAAACCACGCACAUAAGAAGCCACGGUCUAGUUACAUCUUAUGUCAUCACGUUCAUUCAAUAGCAAAUAAGAAAAACAGGUCAGUGUUUAUUUGUUAUGUUUUUCAGAGCUGAUAUUUAUUGAUCAUUAGAGGAAAAUUGUCUGUUUCACACAAAUCCUAGAGAGAAUUUUAUACUAACUUAUAUUUUUGUAUAUAAUCGUGAUGCUCUCCAGUUAUUUACAGUAUUGAUGCAUGAAGGUAAAGACAAAUACUUGAAGCUCUGCUGUGUCUGGUUGUUGUUUUCUGGUAUUAUAAUGCUGUAGUUUUACAUUGAAUUUUCAUUGUAAUUUUUAGUUUGUGUUGUAAAAGCCUUUCUGUCCACAAGGGGGUGCUGUGCUGUAGAUUAACUGGCAGCACAGUGUGAGAAGCAGGCGCCUGAUGAGCUGGUUUCUUGGAUGAAUGAGUAAAAGUAUAAUUUAUAUUUUCCUCUGUAAACGUGCUGUCAGACAUUUUACUGAGGUCAGUGAUGGAUGACCUGAUGCUUGUUAUUGAGCUUGUGGUGGUUUUAUUCUGUCAUUGUGUGUGUUGAAUAAAUGAAAUGUGGUAGUUUAAA